UGUAUUUGGAACGUGGUCGCAGCUAUGUGUUGCUGGAGAUCUCUUUGCUCCAUAGCGUUGUUCGCCGCGAUGUCGGCGGGCCAGGAGACGGUAUCCGACAUCCCACAGGCUGCCACACCGUCGCUAAAAACAACUCUGUCGACCAUGAAGGUGAUAAGCCUUCGCCCUCGUUAUCCUUACAUCGUCUCCAUCGGAGAGAACCUUAAAGGAUACUACAAGCACCUCUGCGUGGGCGUGAUACUUUCGAAUGAGUUCGUGCUCAGUGCGGCCCACUGCAUCAAAACGAAUCCGAUCAAACAAUUGUACGUGUCCGGUGGCGCGGAUUUGCUGAACAGCCGGAAGCAGACCCGCUUCAUUGUCGUAGAAAGAAGAUUUCAUUCACAGUUUAAGGUGCUCGGCGGCCACGACAUCGCCGUGGUGAGGGUUUAUCCCAAAUUCCCGCUCGACGAUGUCCGAUUUCGAAGUAUUAACUUCGCUGCCAAGCCCCAAAGGGAUAGUGGCAUCAAGGCCUCGCUGGUGGGAUGGGGACGGGUUGGCAUCGGCAAGACAAAGAAACUCCAGGAAAUGCCCUUCUUGACGAUGGAAAACGAUGAGUGUCAGCGAAGUCAUCGUUUCGUAUUCCUCAAGCCGCUGGACAUCUGUGCGAUGCAUUUGAGAGGACCUAAAGGACCCUGCGACGGCGAUUCUGGAGCCCCCCUGAUGAAUGUGGAAAGAGAGAAGCUGUACGGAUUACUAUCCUAUGGCAGGAAAGCGUGCACCCCAUUGAAACCCUAUGCCUUUACUCGCAUCACCGCAUACUCCAGCUGGAUUCAGGAAUCUAUGGACUAUAUGGUUGCGAAAGUAGAUAUCAUAAGGAUUAAUCGCACUGUAUGGAAAGACAGGUUUUAGCAGUUUAAUACGAAAUAUGUUCUUUGAUCUAGGGUUAUAAGUAAAUUAUAACAGUUUAAUU